AUGGCUAAAGUCAUAGCGUUUCUCAGCCUCUUGGCACUAUCGAAUGCUUUGGUUUUUAGACAGGAUAAAUCUACAAAUUCUUCAAGUAUCACUUCAAGCUCAUCUUCUCAGGGUGUGACAUUGCCUCGGUUUACUUUGUCCAACUCGUCUACGAGUACUUCCUCCCGCUCGUCGUCAAGUACACCUGGGAUAUUGUCCAGUUUAUCCGGGAGUGCACCUAUUACGAAAUCCUCUACGAAUACCAGGUCAGCCUCAUCCAGCUUCAACUCGACCAUCUCUGUGACACGCACUUCCAGUUCCAGUAGUUCUGAGAGCUCUAGAAGUUCUAAACUCACAGGGACUGUAUCGACCACAAGCUCCACGGUGACUGGAUCCAGCAAAAUUAGCUCCAAUGGAAAGGCAUCAUCAUCAUCCUCAUCCUCAACAUUGAGCUCAAACUCUACCACCACAGCAUCAAGCGCAAGUAGCAAGGCGUCAUCCGUAUCCUCAGCCUCGUUACCUGGAAGCGGCGUUCUACCAUUUUCAACCACGAGCUCGAGAAGUUCCUCGGAUUCGUCGGGAAGUCCAACAUCAACGGUUCCUGUUACUUUUAGUAAUACAUGGAGUGGCGAAGACUCAACCAUAUCACCUGUAUCUUUCACAUGGUUUAAUAUUCCAACGACUACGAUCUCCGACGCCGCAGAAACAUCUGAAGCUGUAUUCCUUGGAGGCUUAUUCUUUGCACUCCAAUCUAAUCGAAAAUGGCUUACGGAUGAUAAGUUAAGAUCUCAAUACCUGGACGAUGUUCAGAAGACUAAAGACGAAACUCUUGCGUUACUUGAUGACCUGGAUGUUAAACCUCCUGAUAUGCCGGACUGUACAAACACAAAAAGAAAGAGAAAUGGGCAUACAUUGUCAGAGAGGCAACUUCGAGCGAUACUCCAUGACAGGAGUAUUAUAUCUAGUAUUGGCAACGCAAUCAGCGGUGCUAUCAACGAUGUUGGAAAGCUGCUUACCUGUGCGAAGGAUGUGGUGAACAAUUUGGUAGACGGCGUCAAUGCGAAAGUGGUGGAUCUCACGGAGAUUGAAAACCUAACAGACACUCUGGCAGAGAUUGCCAAGGAUCUACAGAAAGAAGAAGAAAACGAUCCAUCUUCCACAGAGGGCUCGUCAUCCAGGACUUCCGCGACCUCGUCUUCAUCUUCCUCGUGUUCUGGCAGCACGGAAUUCCCGGUGUGCACUCAAACGAUUUCUCUCUCAACGUCCUUCGUAUCUGGAGAUACGAGCAGUUCUGCCGUUGCUACGAUCACAAAGACGAGUUGCUCAACAUCUACCGUCUCUGGCUGCAGUGGAACCGGGAAGACGGCCACGACAACAGUCUCGGCUAGUACGUCGUCUAUACCGCCUGGGUCAACAGCAGUGCCGUACUACUUGGCCGACGAGAGCGAUGCCGAUGCUACUGCAAUGGCCUUGAAAAUUGAAGCGUUCCAAACAAUUUUGGCAUGCAUGCCGUCAAAGUUCACUCUGCCGAUACCUACAGCAGGCUGCAAAUUUGCUAGUGGCUCCAACGGCACGACCUCAGCCUCCGGUUCAUCCACAGUGUCUAGUACAGGUUCAAAACUUAGCACAAGCACGAGAUCCUCCGUAUCUAGCUCUAAAACUUUAUCAUCUUCAAUAUCAAGCACAAGCACGAGAUCCUCCGUAUCUAGCUCUCAAACUCGAUCAUCUUCAAUGUCAAGCACAAGUUCAACACUCAUCACAAGCACGCGAUCCUCGGCUUCCUCAACGCGAUCAUCUUCAUCUGCAUCUUCAGCAACCUCCACAUCCAAAACAAGUACAGCUCCCAAGCCAACCACAUCUCUCUACUGCACCAACCCAAGCCUGGAAGACGGCGACGGGAUAUGCACAUGCAACGUAGGAACCUACACAACAACUAUAACGCCCUCCGGAGCGCCGGAAACUCCUGUCCGAAGACCAUCAGCGUGCCAACGAGCACCAGCACCAGAACCACAAGUUCAGAAAUCAAAACGUCUUCAGCUGCCGCUACAAGCAGUACAGCGGCGACGACUUGUAAGACUGAUCAGGAUUGUGGGACUUGUCCGCUUGCGGGUGAGGUCGCACGGUGCAUGA